CGUGAGGAGCUGACGCACUCUCCUAGCCUGCUGCUCCUGCUGCUGCUGUUGCUGGACUGCGCCGCUUCUCCUUCAGUCUUCACCGUCGGUAGAGACUACGGCUGUGCACUGACUGGUAACCAGAAAGCGGGUCAGCAGGGGUCAUGAGGGUGACGGAGGCCCCGGUUGCCGUUCAGAGCAGCUGAAGCAGACAUGGCCAAAGAAGUUUCGAAUGGCAGCGGUAGGCUCGGCCUCAUCGACUUCACCAGCCACAUCCUCCUUCGCCACAACCAACACUGGCUACGCAACAAGUUUUCCGUUAUCGCCAGAAUCUCCCAGUAAGACUUUGCAAUGAGAAUGUCCGAUACGGUCGACACUGAAACGAUGAAGGUGUCCGAGGCUGCAGACCCGGUGUCCCCACCAAAAGACAACGCAACCAAGUCUGAGAUCGCCGACCAGAGCCAGAGCGGCAAAGAGGAACACGGCAGCAACAAUAAGAAGGACGUACAGGAUGGAUUUCUCCUCAAGCCCUUUGAGAAAGAAGAUCGAGGCACGCAGGAGCAGUCGGAGAAAGAGGAGAGCUGCAAUAAGGUGGACAAGCCGGAGAAGGCGCUGAGAAAGAUGCUGUCGAGAGAUUCCAGUCAAGAUUACACAGAUUCAACUGGGAUAGAUCUCCACGAGUUCCUCGUCAACACAUUGAAGGGCAACCCCAGGGAUCGAAUCAUGCUGCUGAAGUUGGAACAGGACAUUUUGGAUUUCAUCAGCAAUAAUGAAAGCCAAGAGAGAAAGUUCCCACCCAUGACCUCCUACCACAGGAUGCUGCUACACCGAGUGGCGGCCUACUUCGGCAUGGACCACAAUGUGGACCCCAGUGGAAAAUCAGUGGUGAUCAACAAAACCACCAACACUAGAAUACCCGAUCAGAAAUUCUCAGAGCACAUCAAGGAUGACAGGGCGGACGAUUUUCAGAAACGCUACAUUCUCAAACGUGACAACUCCAGCUUUGAUCGCGAAGACAGCACGAUCCGAAUGCGUUUGAAAGCUGACAAGAGGAGCAAAUCGAUGGAGGAGAGGGAGGAGGAGUACCAGCGAGCCAGAGAAAGGAUAUUUGCACAUGAUGGAGAUCACUUCAUACUAGACAGAAGUGCUCAGGAUGAAGACGCAUGCAUGAGCACCCAACAGAGGCGGCAAAUGUUCAGGUUACGGGCCAGCCGGUCAGGCGCCAGCCGGCAAAGCAGCUCCGAGACGGAAACGCUGCCGCGGCACGGCGAGCCCCGGCCGUGGAGCAGCACCGACAGCUCGGACAGCUCCAACCGCCUCGCCCCGCGGCCCCCCAUCACCAAGGCCAGCAGCUUCAGCGGCAUCUCCCCCGGCCUCGUCCGCGGGGACAGCACGGCUAGCAGCAAGAGCACCGGGAGACUCUCCAAAACGGGUUCAGAAUCGUGCAGUAGCGUCGGCUCCUCGUCUAGCUCACUCUCCCGUCCCCAGCUGUCCCUCCCACCGUCAGGCUCCUCCUGGUCCAACAUCCCGAACGCUCCCUUAAUCCACCCGCCAACUGACACCAGAGGCCCCGGACACCCUGAGCUCAUUAAGAGCGUCCCUUCACAGCCGCCGUCAGCCGCAGAAGCAACAAACUACUAUGUGUUGCCGCUGGAAGCCUCAGGGAUACCACCUGGCAGCGUUCUGGUGAACCCACACACAGGAAAGCCUUUCAUCCACCCCGAUGGCAGUGCUGUUGUUUAUAACCCGGCUGCCGUCACCCCUGCUGCUGGCAGGAACCUGCAGCAGGGGAAAACCCCACAUCAGCCAAUCCCUGCCCCUGCCCAGCAACAGCACACCAAUCACCUCCACUCUCAGCCUGACGCCCUAAACGCCCAGUUCAGUCACAUGACUCUGGCGCAGCAGCAGACCACAGACAGCGGUGCUCCGGCUCCCGACGGCCGCCACUUUCAAACCGCCUACCACCCGUCCGCUGUGAUGCUGCAGAGCGCCCCACAUCCUCCUCAGCAGCAGCAGGUUGCUAGCUACAUGGUGGCAGGGCCAUCAGGAGGACACCCUGGGGUGCUUCAGGGGCAGCAUCUCGCUCUCCAGCAGACGGGUCACGGUCACGCAUAUCCCAACUCUACGCCGGGCCCUGCUGGCUUCCCUGGCUCCGCGCUGAACCAGCAGCUCCUACAGCAGCACGCGUACAUCCAGCAGCCUGUGCAGCAGAUGUCCACGUGUUACUGCUCUUCGGCACAUCACCCACACUGCUCCGGGCAGCAGCCGCAGCAGCAGCAGCAGCAGCACUACAGGCCCCCUGUCAACCCGCUCUCCUAUAACUGCCCUCAGAGCCAAAACCUGCCCCAGCAACAAGUGCACCAAGCCGUGAUGCCAAACCCAGCGUCCAACUACCAAACCAUAGUGGGCAUGCAGCCAACAGCCAACCUCGCCCUCACUGGCAACCAGCAAAGCAAUAUGGGCAACCAGAUGCAAGGCAUGAUGGUCCAGUACCCUCCAAUGCAGUCUUAUCAGCAGGUUUCCAUGCCACAGCAGACGUACCAGCAGCCAGUGUUUGUGUCCUGUCAGCCGGGACAGGGGGCAGUGGCGGUUGCUGGCAUGCAGCCCUGCUACAGCCUGCUCCCGCCCAACCAGCACACCACCAUGAGGUACGGUCUGACAAGUUCGACAGUGAGUUUCCUGCCCGCCCAAAUGAUGGAGCAGCUCCAGUUCCCUCAGACCUCGUCCCCUUGUGUCCCCCAGCAGCACCCAGGCCAGCAGUACGCAGGGUUGUUGCCCCCGGCCGCCGGCGGUGGAAUGGUGAUGCUGCAAAUGACAGGGCCCCCCUGCCAGCAGCCCCGGGCCCCCUCCCCCUGCCAGCGAAAACAGCCCAGCCACAAACACCAAGGUCCCGAGCACCCGCGCAGCCGCAGGCCCGCUGAGCUUCCCCCACCUCCAGACAGCACCCAGAGCAGCUUGCCCUCGUCUCCGGCACUCACUCCCUCGCCAGGCCAGCCGCCCAGCGUCAAGGGCCUCCCAUCAGGCAUCUCGUCCAUCCCUGUCAUGGCGCACCAUCCGCACCACCACCACCACCACCACCACCACCCGCAGCUCCCUACAGCUUUCUGCCACAGUGGACAAGGUGAAGCGCACUACUCCCUCUUGGGCCAACCUCUGCAGUACAAACCCUCCAUCAGACCUCCGCUGAUCCACGCUGCACACAUGGUGGCCAAACAUCAGGGUCCACUGGGGGUUUGGCGUGGCGGUCAUGGGAGGAAGGCCAGCAGAAAACCUCUGUCUUCAGAUCUCAGUGUAGGUCAAGCAGUAAGCAGCCAAAGCCUGGAAGUGACAGAUCCUCUGCUGGGGAUUGGCCGCACAGACUCCCACCCCCUCCUGGCAGAGCUGUGCAAAGGGGGCGAAUUGAUCCAGCGGCUGUCGGACCAUCAGCCCGGGCGGUGCGACACAACCAGAGACGCUCCCAGCGGACACCUGGCCCCAUCAUACUCCAUCUUUGCCAUUCUUCCCUCCAGAUACAACAACCCCCAGGCUAGCGUUAAACUCCGAACUAGCACCAGACACAAAGAGGAGCUGUGUGACUCGAACAAGGCCGGCUCAUAGCUGCUAAGAUCUCGGCGCGCCGACGAAGCGCCACAUGAACGCACAUCCAACCACCUGCCUCUGCUGCCUCAGUCUGGACUGCCUCGGUCCAAGUCCCAGACUGUCCAAAUCCAAUCAACUUAUCCAAUAUUUGAAGAAUGAAUGUUUACUUUUAUUUAGUUUUAGUUAAUUUUAUCAUUUUCCUGGCCAACAGGUCUGUGCAGGGUGGAAAAAUUGAGUCCCGGUUUGUGUGUGAAAUGCGUCCGUGGCUACUCUCGCCCCGUGUGUAUUUGCUAUUUAAAACGAAAGUGUUUAGAGAGCUUUGGGAUUCAUUUGCCAGCUUUAAGUGACUCACUGUGGCUCUUUUUUUUUUUUUUUUAUAGCAGGUGUGUAAAUUUUACGGCAUCACAUCAAGAAAAACAUCAACGUGUUCCUGAAUCAAGAAUGUUUUUCGUGUCCCGACUUUAAAAAAAACCCAGACGUGAAACCGUGGGGUCUCGGUUUCCUAUCAUUCAGACUGAGCAGUCAUAUCAAAGCAGUUGCUCUGUUUUAUUUAUCUUCCAUCAUGUGUGUCCUAACUUGCUCUCAGCCACUGACUCGUGAAAAUGAUUAGCAUUUAUUUCCUGUUAGCUACACACACACAGACACACACACGAGCGAGUUUCUCAUCCAUCAUGGUCCCAACAAUCACUCCCAUCUGCACUUGUACAAUGUGAGCCCAUACAAUAAUAAACACUGAAUAAUAGAUAUACUACCUGAAUUAUUUAAAGUCACUUUUAUACACAGUGAAUGUUGGAUUUGCACUGAAGUGAUGGAGAUAGAGAUUUGAUUGGAAUCAUACAGGGCCUGGAUUUUCUUUAAUUUACCCCCGUCGUACCUGUUUGUUGCACUCUGCCAGGCCACUUUCUUUUAUAUUUAAUUAAAAUGUUUAUAUGCACAAGAUAAUGCAAAUGAGUUUUUCAUGCUUGGGUUUCUUUUUUUAAUCUGUUUGAGUCUGGACAUGUGUGCUGUGUGUUGUUUUUUUUUUUUUGGGGGGGGGUUGUCUUCAAUAAAUGUUUGCACCACGUGUUGACAACUAUA